GCGGGUCUGCAGACGUGCGGGAACGCGCGCCCUUGGACCAUGGCGACCCAGGCGAAGCGGCGGCGGGUGGUGGGGCCUGCGGGCGGCGGCGACCCGGCCCCGGUGGCCGGCUUCCUGAGCUGGUGCCGGCGGGUGGGGCUGGAGCUGAGCCCCAAGGUGGCGGUGAGCCGGCAGGGCACGGUGGCCGGCUACGGCAUGGUGGCGCGGGAGAGCGUGCAGGCCGGGGAGCUGCUGUUCGCCGUGCCGCGGGCCGCGCUCCUGUCGCAGCACACCUGCGCCAUCGGCGGCCUGCUGGAGCGAGAGCGAGGCGCGCUGCAGAGCCAGUCGGGCUGGGUGCCGCUGCUGCUGGCGCUGCUCCACGAGCUGCAGGCCCCGGCCUCGCCCUGGAGCCCCUACUUUGCGCUCUGGCCCGAGCUGGGCCGCUUGGAGCACCCCAUGUUCUGGCCAGAGGAGGAGCGCCGGCGACUGCUGCAGGGCACAGGCGUACCUGAGGCCGUGGAGAAGGAUUUGGCCAACAUCCGCAGCGAGUAUUAUUCCAUCGUGCUGCCCUUCAUGGAAGCCCACUCCGAUCUUUUCAGCCCCCGAGUUCGCUCUCUGGAACUCUACCGCCAGCUCGUGGCUCUUGUGAUGGCCUACAGCUUUCAGGAACCACUGGAGGAAGAGGAGGAUGAAAAGGAGCCAAACUCCCCUUUGAUGGUGCCUGCUGCAGACAUACUAAACCACUUAGCCAAUCACAAUGCCAGUCUAGAAUACUCUCCACAUUGUCUUCGGAUGGUGGCCACUCAGCCCAUUCCUGAAGGCCAUGAGAUUUUCAACACUUAUGGACAAAUGGCUAAUUGGCAGUUGAUUCAUAUGUAUGGUUUUGCUGAACCAUAUCCUGACAACACGGAUGACACGGCUGACAUUCAGAUGGUGACUGUUCGUGAAGCAGCGUUACAAGGAACAAAAGUUGAAGCUGAAAGGCUCCUACUGUAUGAACGCUGGGAUUUUUUAUGCAAACUGGAGAUGGUAGGGGAAGAGGGAGCCUUUGUGAUUGGGCGGGAGGAGGUGCUGACUGAAGAGGAGCUGGCCACCACACUCAAGGUACUGUGCAUGCCUGCUGAGGAAUUCAGAGAGUUUAAAGACCACGAUGGAUGGAGAGAUGAUAAAAGGGAAGAGGACAGCCUGACAAUCACAGAUAUCCCCAAACUCAAAGCAUCAUGGAGACAGCUUCUUCGGGACAGUGUUUUGUUGACCCUGCAAACCUAUGCCACAGACUUAAAAACUGAGCAAGAUUUACUCAGUAACGAGGUCUAUGCCACACUCAGCUGGAGGGAACAGCAAGCCUUACAGGUUCGUUAUGGUCAGAAGAUGAUCUUACACCAGUUGUUGGAACUGACAAGUUAGUGGGCUCCCUUUUGCCUGAAGGAGCAUCCAGGAGAACUUAAUGCUAAGCUGAUACACGUUGAUGCCUGAAAAGAAGGAAAAUCUGGAUGUUUUGCUUUGCAUUUCGUACUAAAUACCAAAAGGAAAAGUAGCAAAAUUGUUGUCUAGGAUGAACUCCAAGGUAAGAGUGAUGUGCUGAAGGAUUGGGAGCAGUAGACUUGGGAAUCGCUGCUUAUUGUUACUAAGACUAAUAAAUUUUAUAGUUGUUCGGUUCUCAGAUUGAUCCAGUUAGCAGAAAUGUGAUAGUGAUACAUUUUGUUGUAGUCUAGCAUUUUAAUAACAUGGACUGUGAAAGUAGACCUGGUUCAGGUCUACUUUGAGCAAGUCACUUUCCCAUUUUUAACAGCUGUCUGCUGCUGGAGGAUUUAAUAGGCUGUGUCACCGGGACUGAGCAAUUGUUUUAAUUCUUUAGCAGUCUAGAUGGCACAACUCAUCCUUAAGACAGCAAUGACAUUCAAACCCCCAUGUAAGAUUUCUACUAUUUAACCUUGAACCUUUUUGUCCUCUCUGGCCAUAAAAUUUGACAGUCAUGAAAGGUGAGGUGUAAUAUAAAAUGGGAAAAGUUUUAAAUAUAUACCUACUCCUUUUCUUUUAAAAAGGAUAUCAAAACACUGUGAGGGCAAAGGAUAUUUUUAAAAGGGCAUUUUGAAAUUGUUUAGCCAUUGAAACCUACUCCAAUAAUUUUUCACUGUUGGAAAGGAAAACAACACUACACAAAAAUCGCUUCCUUAUUUAAAGAUGCCAGAUUGAUAGUGGGAAAACCUACCAUUCAGCAAAAGUUGGUGUUCCCCAGUGGCCCCAAUGAGAAGGCUGGGCAGUCCACUUUCCUCCUCACCACCAGCACUGGCUGCUACUGAGAAAGCCACAGUGGACUCACGUGUGUGUCAUGACUUUAAUGUUUAACUACAGUAUGCAUACACAUACAAGAAUAGGGAAGCUAAAGCCCAGAACUAGGAAGGCUACAAAAUACAACACAUGGACCAAUACAUUUAUAAAACAUUCAAAAUCCUUACAAAAGGGACUGUAUUGGUCCUUUUGACUUUGUUGUUCAGCUUAGUCUUAUGGCCAUUCAUUGGGAUAAUGGGGAAGGGCAAUUCAUAAUAUUUGGUUCCUUUCCACGCAAUUUACAAGUUAUCAGGAGAGAGAUGGAACUUUAGGCCUGGUUUGGCUUCCAUUUAUAAAAAAGAAAUGUUUCACAGGGCCCAAGGGGACGUGUUCUCCAGCAGAAAAGAGAAAAUGAUGCUCUCCCCACAUCCAGCUUUAUAUUUGGGGAAGAUGCAAAAUAAAAACCCACAGAAUCUCAACUGUGAACUCUUCCCAUGUUCCCUGGCAUACCAAAUUCUACACAUCCACAUUUUUUU